GUAUCACCAAACCCUUGCUGGCUCUUAUGGGCAUGAAACACUCCUCCCGCUGCCUGCUCCUAAGGAGGAAAAUGGCGGAGAACGCGGCCGAGAACACCGAGGUGAGCAGUCCCCCCUCUCAGCCCCCGCAGCCCGUUGUCCCAGCCAAGCCUGUGCAGUGUGUCCACCACGUGUCCACUCAGCCCAGCUGCCCGGGACGGGGCAAGAUGUCCAAGCUGCUGAACCCGGAGGAGAUGACCUCAAGGGAUUAUUACUUUGAUUCCUACGCCCACUUUGGGAUCCACGAGGAGAUGCUGAAGGACGAGGUGCGGACGCUCACUUACCGGAACUCCAUGUAUCACAACAAGCAUGUGUUCAAGGACAAGGUUGUGCUGGACGUGGGCAGCGGCACCGGGAUCCUCUCCAUGUUUGCUGCCAAAGCAGGGGCCAAGAAGGUGUUUGGGAUUGAAUGCUCCAGUAUUUCUGACUACUCAGAGAAGAUCAUUAAGGCCAACCACUUGGACAACAUCAUCACCAUAUUCAAGGGGAAGGUGGAGGAGGUGGAGCUGCCCGUGGAGAAGGUGGACAUCAUCAUCAGCGAGUGGAUGGGCUACUGCCUGUUCUAUGAGUCCAUGCUCAACACUGUCAUCUUCGCCAGGGACAAGUGGCUGAAACCUGGAGGGCUUAUGUUUCCAGACCGGGCAGCUUUGUACGUGGUAGCAAUUGAGGACAGACAGUACAAGGACUUCAAAAUACACUGGUGGGAGAAUGUCUAUGGCUUUGACAUGACCUGCAUCCGGGAUGUGGCCAUGAAGGAGCCCCUGGUGGACAUCGUGGACCCAAAGCAAGUGGUGACCAAUGCCUGUUUAAUAAAGGAGGUGGACAUCUACACAGUGAAGACGGAGGAGCUGUCCUUCACGUCCGCCUUCUGCCUACAAAUACAGCGCAACGACUACGUCCACGCCCUGGUCACCUAUUUCAAUAUCGAAUUUACCAAGUGCCACAAGAAAAUGGGGUUUUCCACAGCCCCCGACGCCCCCUACACCCACUGGAAGCAGACCGUCUUCUACUUGGAAGAUUACCUCACUGUCCGGAGGGGAGAGGAAAUCUACGGGACCAUAUCCAUGAAGCCAAAUGCCAAAAACGUGCGAGACCUCGAUUUCACAGUAGACUUGGAUUUUAAGGGACAGCUGUGCGAAACAUCUGUAUCUAAUUACUACAAAAUGCGUUAGCACACGUGGGAGGCUGCAGAGAGCGGGCGAGCACGGAGACUCACCUCCAUCUGCGGCGCUGCCACAAGGGACCCUGUUUGCAGGACGACAUGCUCCACCCCGGAGUCUGACACUCUGCCCUCGAGAUUGGUGACCUCAGGGCCCUGCCACUGGACAGAGGGCCUCCAGCCCCUCGGCUCUGCUCUGGGGGGCCCUCCUCAGAGGCUCUGUCAUCCCAACAGAGAGCCACAACCAGCGCCGCGGCCGGGCCCUGGAUGGAGGAGCCCACGCGUGUCCCCAUCGCCCUCCUUAUCCGUGACUCUCGGAACUUCAAGUUUUGCAUGCUGCAGGCAUCUAGGACAGAUUGCUUCACUAGACCCUGGAGACUAGCGUCUUUGAUAGCAUAAGCCAGGCUCUGUGCGUGCGGCAGUGCGUGUGCGCGUGCGCAGACAGCAUACCUGUUAGUUACGUUACCCGGCGCACCUGUCUGUGCCGAGCGGGUGACCUCCGUGUCCAUCCAGGGGUGUGUGCGUGUGUGCGCGUGUGCGUAGAAUAUAUAUUACUCUCAGAGGAGAUUGUGUUGCUUUCGAAUAGGAAUUUGUUUUGUGAUUAGUUCCCCCCCUUCCCCGUCCCUUCCCAGCUACCAAACGUUCUCUGUACCAGCUCCGGUCUCCUUUCGACUAGACUGUGGCUCCGAACCCUGGGCAUAGGACCACGCACUCCGUGGGCGCUCAAUAAAGGCACAUGAGAGCGAA